AUGACGAAGCCAACUGCGCUAGAGAAGCAGCGGUCGCUUUCCAGUACAAGCAGUCGAGAUUUCAGUCACACUGUAGUCGACUCGCUUGAAUCAUUACAGAUAUCCAAAGAUUACGUGGCUCGUGCACAACAAUUUGCCAAUGCGCGUGUGCACGAGACGCUCCAAAAGUACCACAGCAAUCGCGAAGCUGCGUUGCUCACUUCAGGGGUCUAUCCAGGCGUCGAUCGUACGCAGUGGAAGCUUUCUAAAGGUGGAAAACGUCAUCAUGCCAUUUCUUGUUACAAGAAAGUGUCAUCCAGGACUCAAUUUCGUGGUUUGAAGAUAUCUCACAGGUCCAAGCAGGAUCAGAGCGCAGUUGACAGCAUGCGGAUGACCAUGACAGCCAAUGAAAGCGCAUCAUCCGUGACGUUAUCCGAACAAACUGAGCUUUUAGCCAUUGGACAUGUACCCGGAACCCUUGAGGAUGUACUACAUGGUACCGUCAAUCUCACGCCUGAGGCAAUGCAAAUCGAGAGCUCGCAUGCUCAACGUGACUUACUCGACAGUCGCGUACUAAGUGUACUCGUUUUUCCUUCGGUUACUUCGCCGUUCCGAUCGCUUACGCUUAAAUGGGCACUGCGUCAUCAUGAAGUGCUUUCGAGACAUCGAGAUUAUGUUUAUUUGGAGGCUACAGGAGUAUUACAAGAUGCGCACGAUGAAAGUGCUAAGGUAGGCUACCAUCUUGUUCACUCAGUGUCGUUGCCAUCUGCCCCGGAACUUGCACCAGAUAUGCAGAUUGUGCGUGGCCACUUGUCAUAUUGUUACCUCUACCGACAACACAGUCCUAGCGAAGUUGAACUCUUUUUUUAUGGUGGAAUGCUGCCUCGAGGUGGCGCAAAGGACCGUCUUGCCUUCCAAAUAAUGGCGAAUACCGUACAAAUGUCGCCAAGCUCGAUUGAUUGUGCAAUGAUGAAAAAAUUAGCUUAUUCAUUGCGGACCAAGGAUCUAGCUGCUCUUCGUGAGUCUUCACAAUCUCUGUACUGCAAAGAUGACGAUAACCGGAUGACGCAGAGGACACACUCCAGCAUCCUGGGUAGCAGCAUGUUUCGUGCUUCAUCAGUGAUGAUGGAUAGCAACCGUAGCAGUGUUAUAUCUGGCCGUAUUAUCGAAGCGUCUUCGUGCCACAUUUGUGAGCGCCCGGUUCGAGUGAUUUUUGGUGGAAAGUUGGCCAUUUGCGAGCUUUGCGAGGAACCAGUGUGUCAUCGUUGUAAAGUCAACAAGAAGAUUUUUGUGUUUAAGAGCGGAGUAUUCCACCCACAAAAAAUGAUCUUUUGUGUAAAAUGUAUGGUGGCAAUGAAUCAUUUAAAUGCUGGAUGGGUGGCCUCGCAGGAACUUACAAGCGCGGCUUUUCAAUUGCGUCUUAGUAAGCAGACCAGGUCGUCCGAGAAUGAGUAUGGGUCUAGCUUCCGGAUUGGUUUAGGGUCCUCACGGCUCGAUAAUACAGACAAAGAUCGCGACACCAUGUCUUCAGACGUUUUGAUGAGGCAGUCGACGUCUCACUCUGUUGUUUGGCUUCCAUCUGAUCACUUGCUUUCAAACUCAACAUCCAUUGAGCCAGUGCAUGUCCAUAUGGAAGAGGAAUAUAUCCAAUUACAAGAUGACAGUUCUAUUGAUACGGAAGCAUUUGUAUGGUUAGACGGUGACGAUGACUGCUUUGACGAAGUUAUCCCGAUGAUUGAAAUUCCAUCCGAGGGUGAGGACGAUGAAUAUGGGAGUGAUAAUAAACUGUUGAAACAUGCCGUCGACUUUGUGUAUGUUUCUGAGAGCUCGUAA